AUGGAUGGAAGCAGAGUAAAGGUUUUCUACAGUUUUUCCAACAAUGUCACUGAACGUGAUCACUACGAAAUCUCGUUGAAUGUUGAAAACACAAUAGCCCACCAUGCGCGAUGCGAUGAGCACCUUGGCACUGUGGAAAUUUCGUUCCAAGAUAUUUCAUAUCUGGCAGAAAGUGUGAAUCUUUCCAGUUCAAUCAUCCUGAUCGAGAAUGUAUCAACGUUUGAAGUAGGUGUCGGAUCGUUCUUGCAAAUAAAUCAGGAGAUAGUCCAGAUUGGUGACGUAGUUUCUAAGAUCCUGCCACCUGAUCUGGGGAUCAUAAUUGCCUUCAACCUCUUUAACCCUUCUCAAGUGGUCACCAAUCAAAGCCAGAUCACGAUCAAGGCGACAGCACCCCUGCGCAGCAUCGAAGUAGAUAGCUUUGGCCGUGGUUACAUUGAUGGAUCAGUACUUUUGUACGGAGGCGAUGGAUAUGGAGCUUCUGCAGUCUUUUCUGUAUUUCCCAAUGGAUCCAUUGGAGCCACUGAAAUUACCAACGUUGGACAUGGAUUUACCUUGGCACCCAAUGCAACAUUAGAAUAUUUCAAAGGCAGCCUUACGUCCAGUGCAACUUCGUAUGACCAGAUUCUAAAUGUUUCGAAUUUACUACAAUGUAACUUUGUUGUCGGGGCACUUCUGGUAGCAGUCUCAGGGUUGACAGAGGAAUACAAGGUACAUUGGCUAUGUUUCAUCCUCAAAAUGUUGAAUAUUCGUGUCCUUGGAGGUUGCGAUCCUGCAGUAUGUAGUCAAGCGUACGCAAUAUUUGAAGUGGACACGAAUGGAUCCGUAACAAACAUUGAGAUAUACGACCAUGGAGCCGGAUAUCUCCGAGAUCCUGCAGAUGAUUAUGAUCCCACGUAUAAGCCAUAUGUAAUCGAGGUGUUGUAUGCAGACUCUGGGAGCAUUCAAAUGAAUUCGAUAUCCGACUUACAAAUACUUGGCUCCAACAUGACAGGAUGCAGUGCAGGGAUUCACAUUUAUGCUCUUUCUGGAGGUGGCUACAGAUUUGAUGCUGUUGUCAGUGCAGCUCAAGAUGGUGCAAUAACAGCUAUCACUGUUUUAGAUCAUGGUGUGGGUUACCAACAGGAUCCUGAUUUGGUAUCCGAUGACUCUGCAUGCAAGUGCAAUGGAAGAGAUUCUAGCAUCACUGGUGUCUUAAAUGAAUGUUUGAAGGUAUGGGUAACUGGGAUGAAUCGGCCAAAUCUUUAA